ACACUGGCAGCUUCACAGGGUCAGAAUUCUCCUGAUGAAAAGGAUUUGUAUCUUGAGGAUGGGUCUGGGGAUUAUCCAGUAGAUGAUGAUGAUUUUAAUUCUGGGUCAGGCUCAGGUCUUGAAGUGGAACUCGAGGAGCCCAUCACUGUGAAAACGCAUAUGUUUCCAAAAGCACAACCAACCAGGGACUCGACUAAAGUAUUGACACAGAAAGUUGAGACAUCUACAGCCAAAGCCCGAAUGCUGCCUAAGAAUCCUGCCAGAACCGAGCCACCAGUUCUGGUCACGGAUACAGAUGUGAACAUAGAGGAUUUAACAAGCACAACUAGUAAGCCAAAGGUGUCUGGCAGUGGUGUGGACACAGAUGUGUCUGCAGAGAUCCAGUCAGAAAGCCUCUUCCAGAGAACAGAAGUAUUGGCAGGUAUGUGAACAGCUGUAUUAGGU